CUUGUUAAGAGCUCUUUGUGAUUUAUUAAUUCUCAAUUACUCCCGUCAUUAUCCGUCAAAUAUGUCUUCACCAGUUACUUGCGAAUAUAGAGGCAAGAUUGCCGUGAUUACCAUCGACAACGAUAAGAAGCUCAAUUCUUUGGAUCAGGAGGCGUAUUACCAACUUGCGACGUACAUGAGGCAGAUCGCUACUCAUGAUGAGGUGUAUAUAACUGUUUUGACCGGCAAAGGACGAUAUUUUUCUGCUGGUGCAGACAUAGGAAUUAGCAACUCAGAGCCAGAAGGAGGCGAUAUCCAACACCACUGGCUUCAUACCUUCGUAGCCAACAACCUAAACAUUACGCAUGCCUUCUACACACAUCCCAAGAUCCUGGUCACCGCGCUCAAUGGACCAGCGAUCGGCCUGUCCGCCGCCCUGGUCGCCUUCUCGGAUUUCAUCUACUGCACGCCGCACACCUUCCUCUUGACUCCGUUCUCUAGCAUCGGCCUCGUAUCUGAAGGCCUCGCCUCCCGCGCCUUCGUCCAGCGGCUGGGGAUCUCAAAGGCUAACGAGGCCCUCAUCAUGAGCAAGCGUAUCACGGCGGAGGAGUUGCUGCAGGUAGGCUUCGUGAACAAGAUCUUCGAUUGCAAGAAAGGCGAGGAUGAGAAGUUCCGAGAGUUGGUGUUUCAGGAGAUCGAGGAUAAGCUGGGUAGCCAUUUGGUCAGUGAUAGCUUGACGAAGAUUAAGGCCCUGAUCAGGAAGCCGGAAAGGGAGACUUUGGAUGCGCAGGGUGUGGCGGAGGUUUUCGGUGGGCUGGAGAGGUUUAUGGCUGGGAUCCCGCAGGGAGAGUUUAGGAAGAUCGCGAGUGGACAGAAGAAGCAUAAGCUGUAGAUCUUAGACUGAUUUCUGAUGCUGAAAGUGGUUUUGUUUUCGCACCUUUCUGAUCCCCGUGGUUGGCAACUCAUCCCAAUACCAUAAUACCAUCGAAAGCAUCCAAACUCGACACAGUAAUUAGGCCACACGUAACGCCAUAACGCAAUUUGACGACCAAGUAUC